GGGCAUAUACGUCAACAGCAUCGGGCCUGUGUCAUCCAUCGAUAUGGGUGGUGAUUGGCUUCCAAAGAGUUCUCUGACCUUAUCACUGAAGGAUCAGUGCGCCGUCGAGGACUUCCAGCUGGUGUCCUGACCUUCUGCCGUGUCGGAGGUCCUCACUCCCUGAGCUGUGGACAGCUCGUCAGAUUCCCCAACUGACCCGAGUGUAUUUAAAUGUGUUUAAUAUCUCGGCUAUUACACAAGCAAUGUAUCUUUUAAUAUAAUAAAAAAAUAAUAAAUAGUUACUCGUACAGCAGCGGCGGGCUGCGUGCUCUCAGAUCUGGGUGAGUGAAGACAGCUGUGUUGUCAGAAGAACCACAUCUUUCCAAAUUCAAGAUGAUCCUCCCAGGUUAUAUUUAGACCCGACUUGGCGACGAGGUGUCUCUCGGGCGGUGGUUACAUUGGUAACGAGACAGAUGGACCUCCUCGCCGAGCCUCCGAUAACGAUCUCGGUGUCAAAGCUUCUCAAAACGAGACGAUUGCCGAGGUGAAAAGUGCCGAUGUAAACAAUUCUGUGAGACGGUGUGAUUUAAUUUCCACGUCGAAAGCGUAACGUGUAUUCAAGUGAUGCCAGUUUCCUUUUUGAUCUGGAAACAUUUGAGCUCAACCGAAUGGUCCUCCAGAGAGUCAGAUCACUGCAUGGAGUCUGCUUCUCUCCCCUCAGGAGUACCAGAUCGAUAUCAUCUUCGCCCAGACCUGGGUGGACACCCGUCUGCGGUUCAACAGCAGCAGCAGGCGGCUAACCCUCAACAGCAAUAUGGUUGGCUUGAUCUGGCUGCCCGACACCAUCUUUAGGAAUUCCAAGAAUGCCGACACCCACUGGAUCACGACGCCCAACCAGCUGCUCCGGAUCUGGAACAAUGGGAAAGUGCUCUACACGCUGAGGAUGACCAUCAACGCAGAAUGCCAGCUGCAACUCCAUAAUUUCCCAAUGGACGAACACUCCUGUCCCCUCGUCUUCUCCAGCUACGGCUACCCGCGAGACGAGAUCAUUUACAAGUGGAGCCGGAACUCGGUGGAGACCUCGGACCAGAAAUACUGGAGGCUUUACCAGUUUGCCUUCAUGGGGCUCAGGAACACCACCGACAUGCUCACGACCACAGCAGGUGAAUACGUGGUGCUGAGCGUGUACUUUGACCUCAGCAGAAGAAUGGGCUACUUUACCAUCCAGACCUACAUCCCCUGCAUCCUGACUGUGGUCCUCUCCUGGGUCUCCUUCUGGAUCAAGAGCGACGCCACGCCCGCCCGGACGGCCUUAGGUAUCACCACAGUGCUCACCAUGACCACGCUGAGCACCGUGGCCAGGAACUCGCUCCCCAGGGUGUCCUACGUGACGGCCAUGGACUUGUUUGUCACCGUCUGCUUCCUGUUUGUCUUUGCCGCCAUGAUCGAGUACGCCAUGAUCAACUACUACUCCUACAGCAUAGGCAGACCUCCCGCCAAGAUGCAGAGGAUGGGGGACAUGUCUCUCUGUCGUCCCGUGCAGGCCUACUCGUCUUUCAAGGUAGGCCACGCCCCUCGCUCCAUGAUGCCCGUGGGCAACUCUCUGUUCUGGCAGGACUACGACGACAACUGCCUGUACGAGUGCCUGGACGGCAAAGACUGCAAGAGCUUCUUCUGCUGCUACGAGGAGUGCAAGGAGGGCGGCUGGAGGAAAGGACGCAUCCACGUCGACAUCUGCGAGUUGGACGCCUACUCGCGGGUCUUCUUCCCCACCUCCUUCCUGCUCUUCAACAUCGUGUACUGGGUCAGCUACCUCUACCUCUAGUCUGAGAGGCUCGUGAUCAAAAAGAGGUGAAAGAAAACAACUGAGGCUGGGCGAGGAAACGAGGUGGAUCCGCUCUGUGGGAAGUGUGAAAGUACUUUGGAGAGUGGCACUCUGAGGAGAAGCGAGCGGCGCCGACCGCAGAACGACGAGCCGCCGGCAUCAACUCGAAUGGAUGCGGUUCCCCCGGUAACGACUCUCAGAACCAAACAACAGACUUCAGAGGCGUCGCAUUGAUGGAUCGUCUUCAUCGUGAUGGCGAAGCACCUAUAGUGCCUUCUUUAGACGGGGCGCGGCACCGAGAGAUCCAGAGCUCCCAUCCGCCACGUCUAUUCUUUGAUGGAACGCCACCGGAGACGUUUAAAAACCCAACACCCAUCAUUCAUUCCGCAGCACCUUAGUUUUAGUCCUCUAGAAUUAGUCCUAUAAUAACAUUGUGUUUGUCUUGUAUGAUUAGAAGUGGUUGUAUUUUAACAGCAGGUGUACGUUUGUGUCGGGGGCCGUCGAGUCAAAUCUGGCUUCCUGACGUAGCGAUGCAGCUUACACUGCCCGCUAAGCGGAAGAACUGCCUAAAGUCAUACAGUCUAGGACUAAACAUGCCGAUUCGUCAUAUUCUGUAUCGUAGUUAUUGAAUCCAUAGAUUAGAGCGGCUGCAUAAAAAAAAAAAGGAUUUUACAUUCCACACGCUUUCAUCCUUAUUCAUACAGAGUUAUGUUGUGUUGAUAAUAGGACGUGUGUGUUGCCUUGGUGUGAAAAAAAAAAGUUCAACAUUUUGUUAAAUAUCUUGUGAGCCUUUCACCUCAGUGGCAGAGGCCUUUAUUCACCCCGUCUCUCUUAUUAAAGCCAGGAUGAUGUCCAUUUCCACAGCACAUGUGACGUAUUCACACCCUUAAAGCGGCCUUCCUCUCCCAGGUGGGCUGUGAGUGUGUAGGAAGCAUCCUCUGCCUAGACACUCACACACCAGGUGGUCUCCUUUCAAGUGAGUCAGCGUAUUUCCUCAAAACGAUAGGUGGGUAACCACAAAAUCAUUGUGUGCCCAUAAGAAUGAUUCACUCUUGUGACGACCCCUCCCCACCACUAGGUGUGUGUGUUGGCUCUUGGUCUUGUGUGUUUCCUGCAGGCUCUGGUGGAGGUGGGGACAGGAGGAGUUGAUGAGCUACACCUGGGCCCGGGUCAUAAAACCCUCGUCGCCAUUGAGAAGGCUCUCUCUCACACACGCACCCAUACACUCCUACACCACUGACAAGGAACUUUCUAUUUAUUCCGUUUAUUGAGUGUUUGUGUGAAUAAACCUCGACACGGUUGCCUUUGCCUCGUCUCGACUUUCAUCUUUGCUACAACUUAAGAGCCGGGUUGUAACACUAUAUACAGUAUUAGUUAGUUAGGCCUUUGUAUUUCUCUCGGAACAUAGGCCAUUGUCCUGAGCCAUCCUCUCCAGCUGUUUCCACGUCAGCCCCUUCUUCUUGAAUUCCUGCUCUGUGCUCCUUCUCCAGGUGUUUUGGGGUCGUCUUCUACCCCGUUUGCCUUGUGGGUUCCAUGUCAGUGCCUGUUUUGUUAUUGCUGUUUCUUCGUAGUGUGUGUCCAAUCCAGCUCCAUAUCUACUGUUUCUUGUUUUGUGCAUUCCCAUAGGUUGAUGUUGCUAAUUGUGUUUGGCCAGAAGACUCCAAGGAUGCGUCUUAGACAGUGGUUUAUGAAGGUUUGUAGUUUGUGAUGUUAGGGGUAGUUCUCCAGGUUUCGGAGCCAAAGAGCAGCAUAUAUAGUUUAUUGGUGCACAUAUUCUGGAAUUUCCCGUCAUGUCCUUAAACAGGCAGGAGGUGCAUCUUGCUGACUGGUCACAGGUGCUGUAAAAUAGGGUCUUUUAUGAAACACUACACUGCACACACAGCGCUGUGGGAGAAUGGAUGAUUCAGGGCGAAGUCACAACAGGGAGGGACGGGAGCGUUUGACACAUUACGGCUUUCUUUGCUUCGUAGAACAAUCAACUCCCCUCCCCCCAGGGCAAAAUUGGUAGUGUUAGAUAUUUUGAGUUUUUCCGUGUUGAUUGUGGUGUUCCUUAAACACUUGCAGUGUUAAAACUAUGGAGGACUUAAAUACAGAAAUUAAUAAAUAUUAAUUAAAUAAC